GGAGGACUCGCAGACGCCCAAGUGGGAUUGUUACUUGGAGACGUUUGCUAAGCCCAAGAGAGAGGACACUGUGGGGGCGGGAGGGGCGGGAAGCGAGGCGUUUACCCUCCGGCCACUGAAAGAAGGGUUAUUUCGCCCGCCCCGCGCCUACCAUGAUGUUCCCCGGCCUCCUCGCGCCCCCCGCCGGGUACCCUAGCCUCCUGCGGCCCACGCCCACCUUGACGCUGCCCCAGUCCUUGCAGUCGGCAUUUUCCGGCCACUCCAGCUUCCUGGUGGAGGAUCUGAUCCGCAUCAGCCGACCCCCCGCCUACCUGCCCCGCAGCGUGCCCACCGCCAGCAUGUCGCCGCCCAGGCAGGGGGCCCCCACGGCCCUCACCGACACGGGGGCCUCGGACCUGGGCUCCCCGAGUCCCGGCAGCCGACGGGGCGGCUCUCCGCCGACUGCUUUCUCCCCUGCCAGCGAGACGACGUUUCUGAAGUUCGGAGUGAACGCCAUCCUCUCCUCGGGGCCCAGAACAGAAACAUCCCCAGCCUUGCUCCAGAGCGUCCCUCCCAAGACCUUCGCCUUUCCCUACUUCGAAGGGUCUUUUCAGCCUUUCAUCAGAUCUUCUUAUUUCCCAGCUUCCUCCAGCGUGGUGCCCAUCCCCGGGACCUUCUCCUGGCCGCUGGCCGCGCGCGGGAAGCCUCGGCGGGGCAUGCUGCGUCGAGCAGUCUUCUCCGACGUGCAGCGGAAGGCGCUGGAGAAGAUGUUCCAGAAGCAGAAGUACAUCAGCAAGCCCGACCGCAAGAAGCUGGCGGCCAAGCUGGGCCUGAAAGACUCGCAGGUGAAAAUCUGGUUCCAGAACCGACGCAUGAAAUGGCGGAACUCCAAGGAGCGCGAACUCCUGUCUAGCGGGGGCUGUCGCGAGCAGACCCUGCCCACCAAGCUCAAUCCGCACCCGGACCUCAGCGACGUGGGCCAGAAAGGCCCUGGGAACGAAGAGGAGGAGGAGGAGGAGGGCCCGGGCAGCCCCAGCCUCCGCCUGGCCUACCACGCGUCCCCCGACCCCCAGCACCUGCGGGACCCGCGGCUGCCAGGGCCGCUGCCCCCCUCGCCCGCGCACUCGAGCAGCCCCGGGAAACCUUCGGACUUCUCAGAUUCCGAGGAGGAAGAGGAGGGCGAGGAACAGGAGGAAAUCACCGUGUCCUAGGAGCCGCUCGCACGCCAGAGUACUAUUUUUAAGUGCUUUGAAAUCGAAGAUGUGGGGUCCAGUCUGCGCAUUCACUUUGUCCCCGUGCCCAGAUGCUGCCUCUCCCGACGGUAGAAACCAUCACCUCAUUGAGGGCGCCACCGGCCCUGCGGUAGCCCCAAAGAGACAUUUCCUUCCCAACAAAACCAACUCCAAAUAGUCCUCCCCACAUCAGUUCACUUUAAGUCUUGGUCCCAGCCUUAACUUUUCAGCAAGGGCUCCAUUCUAUUUUGUUUAUUACAAACUAUUUUAAACACAGUGGGGUGUUCUAUGGUCCCACGACGGCCUGGACCUUACUGUGAGACAGACUCUGCUGGUCGUUAGCAGCAACCACCCUAUAUGGUAGGAAACCUGUUUAUGGAGGAGGAAACCGAGUUGGGAGUGAAAACACCAAACCAUAUAACUAACUCCAGCACCGUUGACCCUCUAGAUCCCUUCCCCUCCCCUAAUAGGUAGCAAGGGGCUCCUAUUUCACUCCAGUCUCUCAUUUCCACCCCCUACCCCACUUCUGUCUUCCCAUAGAUGUUCUCUUAGAAAGCUCAAGAUUUUCAAAAAGGAAAUUAUAUAUAUAUAUAUAUAUAUAUAUAUAUAUAUAUAUAUAUAUAUUAGUGCCUUCUGAUUCAAGGCACAACAUACAUAUUGAGUCUUCUCUGUCACCUUCCAAAAGCUCUCUGGCGAAAGAAGUGAGUUCUCUAAAGGGGGAAAAAAGCAGCAGUCCCUAUUCUUGUAUGUGUGUUUUAAAGCUUUUUCUUUUUAAUGUCUGUAUCCAUAGUAUACGCACCACACACUCUACCUUGUGCCCUUUUGUUAUUCCUAGGGAGGUGUUGCUGAGCUGCAAACCUCCUGGAAUUGGGCAUGAUGUGGACAGAGAGACCUAUACAGCCUCUUUGUUUUUUUUUUUAACUGAACUUUGCUGUCUUUGCACAGCUCUUAUGAACUGUACACUAUUUUGUACACACAGGUUGUAUGGAUAUUUUAUACCAAGGUUAUUGUGAAUGACUAUAAAGGACUGACUAGAUUUCUCACUUUUUUUUUGCAAUGGCUUUUAAACUUUAAAAAGGUAGCUGUUUAAUUGCAUAACUUAUAAAGAAAUACUUAUUUUGUAUUUUUAUCAUGUACAGAUUUUUAUAUAUGUAUAUAUGUAUCAAAUGAACAAAUGCCAAAUAAAAGUAGAAUGGAUGCAAUCAAUGGUCAACUGAUGUCAUUAAUUCACAGAAUGGUAGAGCUGAAAGAAAUGGAGCUGUUCUAGCCCUGGGACUGGGUUUUACAGUAGGUAAGCUGAGGAUCAAGAGGUGCAGGCACUUAUCCAAAGCCACCCAGCUAGUAAGUAGCCAAGCUGGAACUAGAAACCAUCUGACUCUCAGGCCAGUGUCUUUUCUGCUUUCCUGUACCUUAAAGUAACCAUAUUUGCUAUGUUACAAGUAAAGGAGCUCCAGAGUGAUACCAAAAGUUGAAUCUGCAAUAAGCCGCCUCCCCUUCUCUGAGGACUGAAAUGAUGGGAUAAGAGAAAUCCAUGCAAGUCAAAGUGGCUCAAGUUUGUAAUGGUUUUUCUUUUCCUCCUUGAAGGCAUUUUUCCUGGUCCUCAGGGAAGCUUCAGAACUGGUCUUGACUCAUUCCUUCUGUGUAUGACCUAAUUUUAUCAGGAAUGCCAUCUACAGGCCUGACAUGGGAGCCCAGAUAUUGACUCUGGGGUCUGCAUAUGAAACAAAAGUUCUUUAGAGACUAGCUUUCAGCAGGAAUGAUUUCUUUAACCAGCAAGCUAGGGAAUAAAGAACAUCUGGUUAGAUCCUGGCAGGGGCUUUUGUGCCCUUUGAGAGUUUGGUCUCUGCCCCAUCAGCUACACACACCCAUGUUUCUUUGCAAUCCUAAUCCAAACUCAUGGUAGUUUGUAUUAUAUUUGAAAUGGAAUAUAUUCUAUUUUAUAUUAACCCUGUUUUCAAAUAACACAAACCACCUCCAUGCUAAGAUCCCCUGCUGGGCUUGCUCCUGAUGUUGGUGAUCACUUUUCAUUAUUGUUAUAUAUGAUGUUGUGAAGUUGAAGAAAAUAAUUGUCCUCAUUUUCAUAAUCAUAAAAUUCAAAAAACCUCCCACAUUUCCCUAUCAACAGACACAAAAGUGUUCAGCAUGGUCAGCAUUCAACCCAAGUUAGUGCUUUCCUUUCAGACAGGACUCUGAAGGAUUCAGGCUGUUUUCUAUCUCUCUGCUGUUGCCUGGAUGUCCAACAUGGGAGCCUGACUGGAAGCCUGACCUGGCCUACCUUUCCCUUUCUGCCAGCUCAAAAAUUCUUUCUUAUAGUCAAGAAUCACAUUCAGGCACAGGUGCGCAUUAGUGUCUACAUCUGGAGUCAAAGCACUCUGAAGGCAUAACCGUGUUCAUUGCAGUAUUAUUCACAAUAGCCAGGAGGUGGAAACAACCCAAAGGUCCACGAAUGGAUGGAUGAAUGGAUAAAUAAAAUGUGAUAUAUACAUACAAUGGAAUAUUAUUUGGCCUUAGAAAAGAAAGACACCCUGUCACAUGCUACAACGUGGGUGAACCUUGAAGACAUUGCAUGAAGUGAAAUAAACCAGUUACAAAAAGACAAAUUGUACAUGAUUCCACUUGUAUGAGAUAUCUAAAGUAGUCAAACUCAGAGAAACAGUAGAAUUGUGGUUCCAGGGGCUGGAGGAGGAGGGAACAGAAAGUUGUUUGUUGUUCAAUGAAUAUAGAGUUUCAGUCUUACAAGAUGAAAAAGUUCUAGAGAUUUGUUGCACAACAAUAUGAAUAUAGUCAGCACUAC